GAUCAAAUCAGCAACCCUAUCAACACAUCAACAAAGAAGGGCUUUCCAGCAACUGGUUCGCGGCCAGCUUAUGUGUGACGUCCGUUGGCGAAACCCCAUUAUCAAAAGCUGCGUUUCUUCCAUUGAUAAGAACGCCUUGCCGAAGGCGCCCACGAACCGUGAUUGAUACAAUGGUAAUGCUCUCGCUGUCAGUCUUACAAUUAGCGCGUCUCGAAACGGUUUGAAAAUAAUUUGCACUCUACAAUCAAUCUGGAUCGGAGUGUGGUUAGUUUGCGGGGAACCAUCGGCUAUCUAUCGACAGAAAAAAAGGGAAAUGACACUCGCUCCGUUCGAUCUCGACAAGUCUCCGCCACGGCCGGAAUAUGAGGAAAUCUCCCGCCGCGAGCUUCGCGAAACCCCAGAAGUGCGUGAAGCUGCCAUCGAGCACCUGAGAAAUCUUCUCCACAAUGCAACCGAUCUUCACUAUGACGACAGUGAUGAAUUUUUGCUGAUCUUUCUUAGACCGUGCCACUUCUAUCCGGAAAGUGCGCUAAAAAUGAUGCGACGAAUCGCCGAAUUCAAGAAAAACAACUACCCCCUCAUGCACAACCUCUACCCGGAGGACGAGAAGCGAUCCUUCAUGGAGCACGGAAUCGUCAAUGUGCUGACGAACCGGGACCAAAAGGGACGCCGGAUAAUGGUAAUCAACUGUGGCAAAGCGUGGGACCCGCGACAGAUUGAUGGCAACAGGUUGUUCCGUAUGUUCUUCCUCAUCCACCUGAUGGCCCAGUUAGAGCCGACCACGCAAAUUAAUGGCGUCGUCAUAAUCAUGGACUUUGAUGGGCUCUCGUUGAAGCAAGUGAGAGGAAUGUCACCGUCGUUCUCGAAACUGCUACUGACCUUUAUCCAGGAAGCUGUCCCACUGCGGAUGAAGGAGGUGCACAUCAUCAAGCAGCCAUACAUUUUCAACAUGGUUUGGACUCUCUUCAAACCAUUCAUAGGCGAUAAGCUGAGAGAUAGGCUCGAAUUCCAUGGGAGCGACAUGAAAAAACUCCACAAGUUCAUCGAUCCGAGUGACUUGCCAAAGAACUACGGGGGAACACGUCCAGCCUUGGAUUAUGGCUCUCGCGACUGGUACCCUUGCCUCGAAAAGCAUGUUGACCAUGUCUUGAAAUGGAACACUUAUGGCUACGCGAGUGGCCCUUGAAGUGGACCAAGCGUAAUGAUAUAGGUGUUAGAUAUUCUAAGUGAUAUUAGCCGAUAGAGAUAAGACUAAGAGCGAAACGAAUAGGCAUUAAAAGCAUUUCGAGUGCGUUUCUCCAUACACGCUGCCGUUAUCUACUUAGUAUUUUAAAUCCGUUCCUUAUCACUGAGCUGCUAUUUUCUUUUUCGAUUUCGUGGGCUAGAGGUUAUGAAAUAUGUUAUUGAAUGGUAGUGAAAUACAAAGUGCCCUCAGUUCACGCACCAGAAGGAUAACUUUCUAAGAAGGAUGUAUUCUGAUAGAGUAGGUCGAAAUCUGAAUUGCUUCCGUUAGCAUCGUUGUUAGAAUCGAAUAAACUUGUUUUAUGUUAUACUACUAUAUACUAUAAUAUAUUAUACUACAAAUAAAGACGA